UAGGGUUCCUUAAAAGGGCCAUUUCCCCUCUGCGCGCUUCUGACUGCUGUGGAUAUGGCAUUGCUAUAAAGCCUAUUUCAAAUAAGGUUUUGAGAUUUCAAGUACCGUUGGAGAUGGUCUAUAAAAUAACAGAGAAAAAGAGUAUGAAGACAGAGAAACUUGAUUAAAUCCGCCAUAUGAGCCACUUCUGAAUAGGCUUUCAAUGCUAUGGACGACGAGCUAGUGGUUUGUAGUUCUGCCGACCUGAAAAUUUUAAAGAUUGGGUUUUUGUUAUAUGGGUGGUGCCUGCUUCUUUCCACGAAAUUCAUUGUUUUCUCUCAAGUUUGGGCUAUCGGGUAAGGUGGAUUUUCUUAGAAAGUGGAUAACUGUAAAGGAUAGUAGCUUCUUCUGCAAUAUGUAUAGUCGUAUUUCUGCCUUGGAAGACUAUGAUAAUUCUACUUCAAAUAGUGAAAGCAGCUCAGAAAGCGAAAGAAAUUUUUUAAGACAGAACUCCCGUGAAUUUAGAAGCAUAAAGCUUUUGUCUGCUGUUGUUAGAGUGCUCAAGACUUUAAAUUGGAGAGUUGCAAAAGAAAUUUCCUUUUCUAGGUCUGUGUAUAAGUAUGAUUUUGAUGAAUCGUGUGUGGCUUUUAAAUUGCUGGUGCAUAUAUAUUUGUGUGCCAAAAUGGAAAUGGAAGUUUAUGCGAUGCUUAAGGAUAUUAUAUGCUAUUGUCAAAAGGCUGAGCUCGAUUUAUUUGGUCUAUCGAAUGCUCUAUUGGAUAUUCCUAGUGAUGAAGAAGGAUCAACUUUACUUAUAAGUGUCCUCAUCAAGGUUUUUGCUUCAAAUAGGUUGCUUGAGAAUGCAAUUGCUGCGUUGCAGCAGGCUAGGAGACUUGGCAUUCAACCUGGCAUCCGGUCAUGUAAUUUCCUGCUCAAAUGCUUAGCGGAAGCCAAUGAGAGGGAGUCGCUAAUGACUUUAUUUGAAGAAAUCAAGAAGUAUGGACCAUCCCCUAAUGCAUACACCUACACAGUUAUGGUGAAUUUUCACUGCAGUAAGCCACAUAGCACAGGUAGAGUGGAUAUUGAUGAAGCUAUUAUUAUUAUGGAGGAAAUGGAGACAGUUGGAAUUAGUGCAUCCGUUGUAACAUAUGGUACAUUAAUUCUUGGAUUGUGCAGAGCCGGAGCUGUUGAUGUUGCUUGGAGAUACAUCAAUGACCUGAAGCGUAAUGGCCAGCCAUAUAAUUGUUACUGUUAUAAUAUAGUUAUUCAUGGAUAUGUGAGUAUAGGUGAACUGGAUCAGGCUAUGCAAGUUUUUUCUGAAAUGGAGGAUUCUGGAAUUGUAGCAAAUGUGUAUAGCUAUAGUAUCCUGAUUGAGGGUUUCUGCAGAUGUGGAGAUAUAGGGAAAGGUCUUAGCCUUCUCAAUGAGAUGGAGAAACGUAAUAUUAAACCAUCCCUCAUCACCUACAGCUCAAUCUUAAAAGGUCUGUCGAAGAGUGGCUUGACGAAGAUUGCAUUGGAUAUAUUCAGGAGGAUUGGGAUCUCUGGCUAUGAAUAUGACAAGCAUGCUUACAACAUUUUGAUUAGUGGAUUUUGUGCUCAGGGUGAGAUAGAUUCUGCUAAAAGACUUCUAGAGGAGAUGAUCAACAACAAUUUGGUUCCUAAUUAUUUCAGUUAUCAAAGUUUGAUCCUAGGUUUUUGUAGAAUCGGAUUCUUUGAGGAGGCUUUGCAUUUUGUUCAUGUGAUGACAGAAUCCGGUCGUCUACGUGAUUCUUAUUUGUUCAAUCAUGUCAUAUAUGGAUACUGCAAUGCAGGUCGGGUAGAGGAAGCCUUGCAAUUGAUUGAUGAGAUGACAUACCUGGGCAUUUCUCCAAACACGUAUAGCUAUUCUGCGAUUAUCAACCGGCUGUGUAAGGAACACAAGUCAAGGAAGGCCCUAGAGGUUAUCCCUGUAAUGCUUAAAUCUAAUCAAUUCCCUAAUGAUGUGAUCUAUAGCAUCCUCAUUCACGGCUUCGCUAAACAAGCAAAUCUAAGGGAGGCUUUUAUGUUGUACGCAAACAUGUUGAAGGCUGGUAUCUCUCCUGAUGUGGUCACUUUCACGAUUCUCAGUAAUGCGUUAUCCACCGAAGGAAGGGUGGAAGAGGCAUAUAACUUGUUUAGAGUAAUGAUCUCUAAGGGCCUAUAUCCCGAUGUAAUAUCCUAUACAAACAUCAUUGCUGGAUUUUGUGAGAGCAAAGAUAUGAAGAAGGCAUGGAGUCUGUUCCAGGAGAUGGUGAACAAGGGUAUCUCACCUUCUGUUGUCACUUAUACAUGCUUAAUUGAUGGGUUUUGCAAGAUUAAUCACAUGGGUAUGGCCAACAUGCUGAUAGUUGAAAUGAAUCAGAAGAAUGUCUGCCCUGAUCUCAGUACUUACCGGGUUCUACUCCGUGAGUGCCAAAGACUUGGAUUUGUGGACAGAGCUCAGCUUUUAUUCACUGAAAUGAAAAAUAGGGGAAUAAUUACUGAUUAAGUACUUGAAGAACAUGAGAGUUAUUGACCUUGUUUUAAGUUUGGAGAAGGUGCGAUUAAAUACGCGCUUGUCCUAGCAUCAAAGACCUUUGAUUGCUUGUGAUUUGCAUGGUUUUGGUCGAGGAAAGAGUGGAAAGCACGUUUUGCAAUAGGGAGGAAGGAACAUAUGGGAAGCACAAAUUUGGAGUUCAUUCAAAUCAUUAAAAAUCCUGGAGGUUCAUUGAAAGACUCCUUAGUCAUGGAUUUAUUUUAGACAAAAAAUUGGUAUUGGCCAACAAAAGUGGAUCGAAAAUGCGAAGAUAUUGUUAACUGCAAUGGAUACAGAUAAAGUGAAAUUUAUGGGGGAAAAGGAAAUAUGAGGGAAAAAGUUCAAAAGAUUAUCAGUCAUGGGGUAAACUGCUUUGUUAACUGACAAUUGAUUUACAAUUUUCCGGAAGAACUAUUUGCCGUUGCUGGUGUGCUUGAUAUAGAGCAUGCUGAUUUUGAUGGUAUUGAGCGGCUAGGUCUUGUUACUGGUGGUGAACUAGCAUCAACAUCUGACAAUCUUGAGUCUGUUAAGCUUGGGCACUGCAAACUCAUUGAAGAAAUUAUGAUUGGCGAGGACAGGUUGAUACACUUCGCUGGGGUUGCUGCAGGCAUGUACGAUUGUGCUGAGAGAUGCAAGUCCUCAUAUGUUGGAUGAACCUGAAAGAUCUCUGCAUGAUGCCUUGUGUGUGCUAACCCAAACGGCAAAUGACAGCAGGGUUUUACUUGGAGGUGGUUGGCCAGAGAUGGUGAUGACAAAGGCAGUUGAUGAACUUGCUAUGAAGACUCCAGGGAAAAUUGAGGCGUUCAAACUUCAAAGUAAAGCAGGCCACGGAGGAGGGAAGAUCAUAUGUGAAGAGGCAUGAUUAACAGGAUAGGAGUCAUCCAUGCUGCCAAAGGUUAAGCCAAAUCCAAAACAUGAAUUUAUCAUGUAUUUCUGUAUCACUUUUGUUUGGAAUUAAAUCUAAAUACUUUUAAGAAUAUUUCUCUACACUAGAAUUUUCAUCUUGCAAC